AUGGCCUCGAGUACCACCAGUCCAAGCGCGGCAACGGCAGAGCCCAGCGCCUUCACAUGGUCCGAGGUGCCUUCCGAACCCGACGGCGGGAUGGCUGUCGAGGACAUGAUGGAUGAGGAUGCCGAACUUCCCCACAAGCCCACACUGGCCAACCGCAUUCUCUUAAGACUUGACGAUAUAGAUACGACCAUCUAUCGCAUCCAGUCCGAACCUAACACGCUUUUGAGCGACUUGCUGGGCUAUAUGGCGGAAGGGCAGAUUACGAUGAGUGAGGGCGGGAGACUGCCUGAUUCUUUGGUCAGCGAUUCCAAAGCAGCUAGCAAUGAAGUACGGCAAAAGCUCGAUAAAGUCUUGGCAGCACUGGCGUCGGCGGGUGAUGGAAUGGAUUCCGAGACAUCCAUCGGCGCCAGAGUUUCCAAAAUUGAAUCCCUCCUCAGUGUGCUCGUAGAGAGCAGCCUCUCCUCCACCUCCAACUCCAACCCCAACCCCACCCCCACCUCCACCGCCGCCGCCCAAGCUGCAAACGACUCCUGGCGUCGCAGGGCCCCAGACUACUCUAUAUUGGAUUCCGACUCCUCCUCACCACCUUCUUACCGCAAAGGCCGGGUCGACAUCUCAACCGCCGCCGGCCAAAAAUGCAUAUCCACCGCCGUCACUGACGGCAUCACCACCUUCCUGACCAAUGCUAAUCGAGCCACCGCUCUGAAGAAUACCGUUUCCCGCUCCCUGGCUAUUUUGGAGUAUAUCCCCGAGACGAAGGGGAUGAACCACACGAUGAAGAUGGCAAAGGAAGAACUCGAUGAGGCGCGUAGGUUGGAGCAGUUGAAUGAACGUUCGAGGAAGUGGUUGGCGAGUGCGUCGGGGAGGUUGAGGGUGGCUUUGAUAUUCCUGGAGAACAGUCAGAGUGCACAGAAAUGGGAGGUGGGGAUUUUGGAGUCGGUGAUUGAUGAUUUGGAUACGACUGCCGCGAUGGUGUAA